GUUUCGCCUAUGCGCGGCGCUUGUGCCUAUGAUGGCUGCCUGGGCUGCCGCGCGGCGUGGAUACGUGCCUUGUAUCGUUGCACUGUGGUAGCUUUGUUAGCGGGGUGUUAUACGCGAUACCAGUGGUACAUUCCACGUGUUGCGACGCUAAUACUGUAAGAAAGCUUGAUGGACACUCACAUGAGCAGUGACACCUCAGAUCCAGCCAGAGCAUCAUCACGUAUUUAUGUAGGCAAUCUCAAGAAACACAUUGAGCGUGAAGACUUGCAGAAGCUGUUUUCAAAGUACGGUGAAAUACAAGGCAUCUCUCUGCACAAAGGGGGAUUUGGUUUUGUGCAGUUUAAGGAAGAAGGAGAAGCAGAAGCUGCUGUCAAAGGCGAAGGUGGCGUCUUCUUUAAAGGCUGUCUGCUACAGUUGAGGGUCUGUAGCAGCCAGGAUUCAAGGCGAUCUUAUAGAGGAACGUCGCGGGAACGUGACAGGGAGUACUCUGACCACGACCGUCGACACGAAGCAGGUAUGCCAAGAGACAGGUCACCGGUGCACCGUGACUAUGACGAACGGGAAUUUAAACGUGAUGACAGGCCACCUCCUGGUAAGCCGUAUGAUCGUUCUCCUCCUCGUCGUGGAGAUGACUACUCGUCUGAUCGACGCUUUGGAAGAGAUGAAAGUCGCUAUGGCAGGGAUGCGCCUCCAUACCGAGGGGACGAUUACUCAAGAGGAGGACCCCCGGGGGGACCACCUCCUCCACGUGAUCGCUACAGUCGGGACGACAGGUAUGGUGGUAGAGAUGAGCGUGGAUAUGGCCGUGAUGAUCCACAUAGGCCUUACCCUCGCCCAGAAGGAAAUGGACGCUACGGCCGGGAUGGUUACUGGGGUGGCAGAGAUGAGUAUGGUGGCCACCAUGGGAGAGAUGAGCCACCAAUGGGCUAUGGGAGAGAUGAGCAACCUGCGCCACGGAGCCGAAUGGAUCCUGUACCAGUUCCACCACCAUUCAGACCAGAAACCGAUCUCCGGAAGCCAAAUGACUGUGAGAUAAUUGUGCUUCACAGGCAAAACAGAAAUUAUGCAGAAAUGGUGGAACGACGCCUCAAGAACCUUGGCAUGCAGGUGGACCUUUUAUUCUUGAAAGAUGAAGCUCUCCUUAGCCGAGCUCUUGAAGAUUUGACCCAGCGAGGCACAUUGUUUGCUGUUGUGGUGACAGAUCAACAUGAAGUGCAUGGAAGCGUCACGGUCAAUAUUCUUUAUGGAGUUCCUCAAGAGCACCGCAACAUGCCACUGGAUGACUCACUGAAGCUGGUGGCACGUCACUUCCGGGAGCAAGUGGAAGCACAGCAGGCAGCAGCUGGGGGACCUGACCGGCUGGGCCCUGACCGGGAAUUGCAGUUCCUGCUCAAAUUGCUGGUGGACUCAAAGUAUUUGAGCAUUCCUGAACUGGACCGUAUCAUCAAGUAUCUCACUGACCGCAGGGACAAGCAACUCAUGCUUGAAAGGGGCGAAUCAGCCCAGCAGCAGCCGCGGACAGUUUCAUCAACUGCACCAUCUGCAAAUGUUGAGCCUGAGCGACCGAAGCUGCCUGAAGAAGAAAAGCCAACGCAGCAAGAGCUGCAGCAGCGCAUUUUGAGCAUGAUAGGACAACCAGGGCCUACAAGUCCAACAACCAUUGUGAAGCAGGCACCCUUGCCAACACCUGUGCAGCAGCAGCCACAGCCACCAGCACCAGCUCCAGCAGGCGAUGUCCCCACUUCCACUUACAUUAACUUUGACAACCCGAGUGUGCAGAAGGCUCUUGACAACUUGAUCCACAAUGGUAGCAAUCUACUGAAGACGCUGAGCAGUGCUAAUUCUGGGGCAUCGCCCGCACUUGGCAGUCAGCAGCCCUCCAAGCCACUGUCUGGCUAUGGUUAUGGAGAUGGUGAAGCUUAUAGUGGAAAUGCCCCUGGAAUUAACAGUAGCUUUGGCAGUCAUGUGGGGCAGCAGUAUCAGCAGCAACAUCAGCAACCACCACAAUUGAUGAGAGGUCCAGGUGGUCCGGGUACUGCUAUGAGGCACCCAUUGAUGGGCACCCAGGUCCAAAGACCCAUGAUGUCUGCAGGCAGGCCUGGAAGUGGAGCGCCACGGUACUGAAAUGUCACCUUUUUUGCGCAGUUGCAAGAAAAGCAACUGCUGCAGCUGUGCUCACUGGUUGCUGGCCUCUUCCCAUUUAGCUUUUAUUUCACCAGUUGUGCCCGUGUGACUCGCUUUUCUUUUUUCUUUCCUACUGACCAUGUGAAAGAACCUCAUGGAUAGCAUGUUUGCAAAAUGCAUUUUAUUAUUGUUCUUCCAGUACAUACCAACCAUCAUUGCUCUUCAACAAAGGGGCUUCAUCAGUGUUGUCAUAUGUAAAAUAAUGAAAUAAAAUUGGAUUUGGUAUCAGUUG